CUUGCGCGAAAGUGGUAAAGGAGCCAGUGGUGAAUCAUUUGAAUCUACUUCUGUGGGUGCAACGUUUAUUGAAGCAGUGUUCCCUUCAUCGUACAAUUUGAGCUUGAGUGAGACUUUUUAGGAUACAGAUUAAGAUGAGUUAUGCUGGUGUUCUUCUAUACACUUAUGCUCUGCUAUAUUGUGUGAAUCAGACGUACGGACAGUGGAAUAUCCUCGGUGGUACCCCGGCUAAAGAUAAUUCUGGUUGGGAAACUGUAGGCGAAGCAGUAGAGGUUAAAGUACCUGUAGCCAAUGAUGAUCAGUUGGAAGACGCUUCUGAUCCUCCGACGAUGUCUGAGGAAGCUUGCCUCGAUGUUCUGAUGGCUCUUGAUGCAGGAACUUCCAACGUAACCAGUACCAUGGAGGCCCUCGCUUUGGAACAAGAUCGCCGUCCUCGUGGGAGGUGCUACAGAUCGAGGGAUGGACCAUUCAUCGGCAUUCCUGGCUCUCAAAGAUUUUGCUACGGACCCCUCUACGUCGUCUACGGACAAUACCGGUAUUGCUGUCCUAAUUGGUAUGAACAUCCCAUAGUCACGAGAAGAGGUAGACGGAUCAGGUGUAGGUGUGCUUACGACUUUCAGUAACUGGAUAUCUUCAGGCGCUUCAAUGUUAUGCAGGACUUUGCAAAUUACAUUAGUGUAAUGGCCACACAAUAAAAGUCAUGAAAGUAAAA